CAACUUUUUUUUUUCUUUUGACUUUCUUCUGCUCCCUCUAACUAAGCCACUUGAGCUUGCAGCAAAGGAUUUUAGUAGGGGGAGAACACGAGCGCAACAGAAAGAAAGAGAAGGAAUAGCAGGAAACCAUGCGAACAGUGGGGCAGCCCAGUGAUUUUGCUCGACAAGCCUAAUCACUGACCAACACAAACUGUUUUGUUUUGACUUAUCCUUGGAGGGUACCCAAAGAACGGAUAGGACAGACCUCGAGGAGGAGAAUUUUAUUCAUCAUCCUUUCCUGACAGGCAAAAAAGGUGCCCAAGUUGUGAGUACAGACCAAAAAAGAAGAGUUAACAUAAAGUGGAGAACAAUACAAAUGUGAAUUGAAGCAGACAGAAGAGGUGCGCAGAGGGACAAGAAAGUGAGGAGAAAAGUAAAAUACGUAGUAGCAACAAAACAAAGGUUGCUCAAAAAGAAGAGAGAAUUUACUGGAAUAGCAUAAGUAUAAGUCGUUUCAGGUCAAGUGGAGAGACAGCAAAACAGCCAGAUCAGACAGUGAAUUAAUUUUCAGAGUGAGGAUGGCCAACUCAGGUCUUCAGUUGUUGGGGUACUUUCUGGCAUUGGGCGGCUGGAUCGGCAUCAUCUCCACCACUGCACUGCCCCAGUGGAAGCAAUCGUCCUAUGCCGGUGAUGCCAUCAUCACAGCUGUAGGUCUGUACGAGGGGCUUUGGAUGAGCUGUGCUUCUCAGAGUACAGGACAGGUGCAGUGCAAGAUCUUUGACUCCAUGCUCUCGCUGGACAUCCACAUCCAGACAUGCCGGGCUCUCAUGGUGGUGUCGGUGCUGCUUGGCUUUAUUGGCAUCAUCGUCAGCGUUGUAGGGAUGAAGUGCACCAAGGUGGGAGAUAACAACCCAUCCACCAAGACCCGCAUUGCUGUCACUGGAGGGGCUCUCUUCCUUCUCGCAGGUCUCUGCACACUUGUGUCUGUGUCCUGGUAUGCCACUCAAGUGUCCUACCAAUUCUUUAAUCCAAAUACACCGCUCAAUGCCAGGUAUGAGUUUGGCUCAGCUUUGUUUGUGGGAUGGGCUGCAGCCAGUCUGACCAUUCUGGGUGGCUCCUUGCUGUGCUGCUCCUGCUCCAAAGACGAUAUACGAGGCCAGCAGUAUUAUCGUCAAUCACAGCCUUCCACAGCCAGGGAGGCAGAGUUGUUGAGUGAAACUAGCUUCCCUGACUGAUCAGCCCCGCCUUUUUAUCGAGGACUAUCUGACUGUCCAACCACUGAAUUCCCCUUUGUUGUUCCUGUUACAUUAUUGGCCCCAAAUUUGGACCUCUUGAUCAUGAUUCCCAUUUUUCUCACUUUGUCAGUUUUAAACGAAUUGAAACAUGGCAUUGUGCUGAUAUGUAAUGUCAGCUAUAUCCAAUGAUCUCUGGGUAUUAUACAUGUGUCUUUCUGGUUUAUUUUAUUUUUUUUACUCUGACUGUAUUUUCACUGAAACAUGUCUUUUUUCCCCUCUGAAUUGCAGACCAAAUGUUAAAAGUACCCCACCAGAGAAAAAGGAACAGUACUUGUAGUUUGGGAGAGUCUUCUGGCCUUGCCAUGGCUUAGAUUCUGUCAACAGGCAAAACCCUCCCAAUGAGGAAUUCAAACCAGUCAAGAACAAAUUCCUGAACUGAACUCAAACAAUUUGCAGCAGAAUAAUUUUGGGGCUAUAGAAAAUGCUUGGGGUGGUUCACAAAUUUGAAGUGUUAGGGGGUAGAGAGAUCAGAACCUUGUCUUUGUUGUUGACUUUGGGAGACACACAGUCAUUCAGGGUAUGUUUGUAUAACAUGUUAACAUGAUUGGGUGUAUAUUUCACCUAUUCCGUACAGUUUUUUUUUUUAUUUACUACCUAUGUAACAUUUUACUACAAUACGUUAUAACAAGUUUGUGCAAAUGUAAUUUGUUAUGUAUUUGAUGACAUGAACCCCUCCACUAUCCCUUCCUGUCUGAGGUCAGGAUGUCCUUUGCCGGUAGUCCGAAUGCCUUUUUUUUUUUUGUUGGAUUUCCAGAAAUGAAUAUGUAACUACUCUGCAGUAUCACUUAUGAACAAAAUAAUAUUAGCAAAAAUGUACUGUCUUAUGUCAUUGUUUUUAAGAAUAGUUGUACUUGUUGCCAAACUGUCUGGAUCAAGAUUUCCUGUUUGUCUUUAAGUUUUCAUUUUCAACAGUUGUUGCUAACCAUGUCAGAAAAUAGAUGAAUGGAUGAAUACAUGACAGUAUCAUUAUAGUGUUUUGGCCCUUAAAUGUCGAGAUGCGUUGAUCAAGCUUUUCCUAGUUGAUACCAAUUUUUCAAAUAAUAAAUUGGUAUUUUUGGGGUCUAACAUGCCAAUUCUGAUUUUAACCUAUUGCAAUUCUUUAUUCUAAGGACUUUAGCACAAAAAAGAGAAAGAAUUUGAUGAUAAAUGUAGUAAUUUUGUAUCCAACUGAAAUUUGAUGGAUUUUAAUAAGGAAUGUCCUAAUAAGGGUCUCUCAAGAUGUCAUGGCACAAGAUCUUGUAAUGUUAAAUUGCUGUGAUCUUUCUUGUGAAGGGGAAGUCUCAGAAAGUGCAAUAAGUUUCUGUUCUCACUUCACUUCACCUGGUGAAGUAAGUCUAAGUGAUUAUGUGAAGGUAAGUGCUUCAAGCUCGACACCUUUUCCUAUCUAUAUUUAAGUCUUAUUUUGAAGUAAAUGUUGGAGCAGUUCCUGGUUUGCCUUUAAGAUGACAGGGUUUGCUUACAAACCGCUUGUCAGGCUGACCGACAACACUCAGUUUCAAAAACUUUGAAGAAGCCUCUGCCACUUUCCAGUUGUUUGUGUAGCAGGAUUUUAGGCAGUUGAUAAAAAAGAAAUUGUGACAGAUGGACACAUAAAUAGCUGUGACCACAACUGGUUAGCUGUUAGCUACUGCCAACAAUACUGAAUCCUGUUGGUGCUCCACUAAAAUGACUAUUUGACCGUUAUUAAACGGUUAGGACUGUUUUAAUAAAGCCUGAACUAGUUCAUUCUAUACUCAACAGAGAUUAUUUAAAAUACAGUUUGAGAUUUUUACUAUUUAUGAAACAAAAAAUGGAACAUUUUCAGAUUUUUGGUAUUAGAACAAUCUUAGAUUUAGGCAAGUUUGAAAACCCAGUAAUAUGAAGAGGUCAAAACUAGAAUGGAAUAUUCUAACUGAAUGAAGAUUAUUUAAAACACAUUUUGAGAACUUUUACUCUCUUUACAUAAACAUAAAAAGGGGGAUUCUUAGUUCUCCCAAAAAGUUCAAAAAUCUUGCCUUAAGAGUUGGAUGUAUUAUCACACCCCUAUUUCCUAACCAUUAUCUCAUAUUUAAUAAACUCUUUAAUGAACUGUGACACACUUGCUGAAAUCCUUUCAGUAUUUCACCUUCUGAUAUCUAAUCAUAGCUGGAAAAUCAAAGGAAAAUUGGCAGAUUUCAAUCUCUGGUCGACUGAUCAGUGCACCUCUACUUACAGGAUGUUCUGCUCUACUGGCUAUUCUAUGUACUAAGGAAUACAGGUACAAAUGUUCGUCUGAUCCCUACAUUUAUUUACCACAGCAUUCGUUUGUGUAAUAUUCACCUCCUUUAUGUUGUGUAUUAUCUUAUUUACAGUAUACUCAUAUCCGUCUCCUAGAAUGAAGUAAACAGAGACAUAAAAUGAU